UGCCCUAACUUGGAAGAGCAACUGCUAGGAACUCAGCCCAGUAGCCCCUUUCCAAGAAGGCAUUUGGCAGGCAUUGCAGCAGUGCAUGCUGUGGAGAUGGGGGGCCUGUAGAUGCAUCGGUGUAAGCUCAGGGGCUGUAGCAAUACAGACUAGAAAAGCUUGGCUUGGUGCUGGUGGAUUGCUGACUUUCUCUCCCCCGUGCUCCCUGUUUAUCCCCAGGUGCCCGCUGAGCCUCCACAAUAGCCCUGGGGCUGGUGUCGGAGUUCUUGCAGCUGACGUCUCCUUUUUUAUGCUCUUUGGCUCUCCAUGCGAGCCAGAGACAAAUGGAUGCAAUCGCCAGUGGCAGCCUCAAGAGGAAGUUUGAAGAUGUGGAUGUGGGCUCGCCCGUCUCCAACUCGGACGAUGAGAUCUCCAACAGCGACAGCGCCGACAGCUGCGAUAGCCUCAACCCCCCAAGCACCAUGGGCUUCAUACCCACGUCCAUCCUGAAGAGGCAGAAGCAGCUGCGCAGGAAGAAUGUGCGUUUUGACCAGGUGACCGUGUACUAUUUUGCCCGGCGCCAGGGCUUCACCAGUGUGCCCAGCCAAGGGGGCAGUUCCCUGGGCAUGGCCCAGCGCCACAACUCCGUCCGCAGGUACACGCUGUGCGAGUUCGCCCAGGAGCAGGAGGUGAAUCAUCGGGAGAUCCUCCGGGAACACCUCAAGGAGGAGAAACUCCACGCCAAGAAAAUGAAGAUCGCUUCUCCAAGAGCUAAUGCUAGUGGGUGUCUCACCAGGCGUGUGCUGGCGCAGAGCCAGGGCCCAAGCCAAGGACUAACUCUGCCCGUGUCUCCCCAGCUGACCAAGAACGGCACAGUGGAGUCGGAGGAGGCGGACGGCCUGACCCUGGAGGACGUGUCAGACGACGACAUUGAUGUGGAGAACGUGGAAGUGGACGACUAUUUCUUUCUGCAGCCCCUGCCCACCAAGCGGCGCCGAGCCCUGCUCCGAGCCUCCGGGGUUCACCGCAUCGAUGCUGAGGAGAAGCAGGAACUGCGCGCCAUCCGCCUGUCGCGAGAGGAAUGCGGCUGCGACUGCCGCCUGUACUGCGAUCCCGAAGCCUGCGCUUGCAGCCAAGCUGGAAUUAAAUGCCAGGUGGAUCGCAUGUCCUUCCCAUGUGGCUGCUCCAGGGACGGCUGCGGGAACAUGGCCGGGCGAAUAGAAUUUAAUCCCAUCCGGGUGCGGACUCACUAUCUCCACACCAUCAUGAAGCUGGAGCUGGAGAACAAGCGGCAGGUGAGCCGGCCCCAGGCCCUGGAGGAGGAGUCUCUCCACGGCUCCGGCAACGACUGGCUGGGAACGCAGCCCUCGGAGACGCAAGACUUCCAGGAGUUCAUGGCGGAGAACGAGACAGCCGUCAUGCACCUGCAGACGGCGGAGGAGCUGGAGAGGCUGAAGGCUGAGGAAGACUCCAGUGGCGCCAACAUAGAGAGCUUAGGAGUGUGCAUCCUUGAGGAGCCUCUGGCCGUGCCUGAGGGGCUGUGCCCAGGCCUACCCACGCCUAUCCUCAUUCAAGCCCAGCUCCCUCCGGGCUCGUCUGUCCUGUGCUUCGCAGACAGCACCGAGCAGGCAGCCUCGGCUGUGGGUGACCAGUCCUACUUGAACAAUGGGCCGGUGGUGUACUACCAGGUGGACCAAAGGUCCAUGCUGGGGGUGAAGGGCGAGAGUGGCACGGAGGAGUCGGAGAUGCCCUCUCCUUACACGAAUGAGAAGGAUCUGAGCGUCUUCUCCGUCCCCGUGGCCUCGCUGGUGCCGUGCAGCAGAGCCAUGGCCCCGAGCAAGACGGAGACGGGGAAAGUAGCCACCUUGUCUCUGGAGCCCUCCCCGCCCCACGAGAGCUGCAGGGCAGCCGCAGCUCCCCCGUUCCGUACAAACGCUCCGUCGUCUGGACCGGAGCAGGCCCCGGAGAGAGUGUGUGAGCUGCCUUCCCCGGAGGAGCGCUCCCUGGGGCCCGCCCUGGCCGUGUGACCCAGCCCCUGACCCUUCCGGGAGCUUUCUCUGAUGUCUAUUUAUUGACAGAUAUUUUAUCGAGUGGCAGUGGCCGCUGAGGAUUAUUUAAUUGGUAUCGGGGGUGGGAGCCGGGCUGCUUUGUACAUAUGAUUUAAAAGAAAACCAAUGCAACCAAGCGCUUGUGGCAGUCUCUUGAGGCUCCCUCUUCAGAGAGGGUGGGGCAUCACGUCUAACCCUGGAGGUGCUGCUCCACGUGCCAGAUGAGGAAGGAGGCUCAGCUGAGCGCCCUCCCAUUUGUGGAACUGGGUGUCUCCCCCCUGCCCCCACAGGGACCAUCCUAUGUGAAUCUGUGUCUGUCUCCUAUAAGCAAUAGUGCGAAACUGCCUCCUGUUCCUCCCCUUCGAGCACCGGACUUGGCCUGUGGGGCAGCAGGGACGCCUUUCCGUGGUUGCGUGCCCCCCCCCCGUGAUCUCGAACGUGUUUGUGUGGCAGAGUCUCCAUCCUGCUUCUCCUCCUAGGUGAAACUGACAACAUUCCUACCAGGCUGUCUGCUUCAGCAGUUGCCCUUGGAACCUCCUGUCUGAACCCCACCCCAGCAGCGGAACAGCCUGGGCUCUCUGCGCUCCCCCCCGGUAGCUGCCACCCUUACCCUGCCCCGAAGAGAUGGCUUUCUGUGGAUCAAUCAUUCUCCACGACGGGUUACGUUUCCUCUUUCGGCAUGCAACCAUUUUAUAAACCAGCACCCAGCUUAGAGUAUCCUGCUCAUCAGUAGCUUUGUCCUGGCCCCCCCUUACUGCCUCCCAGCACUGCAUCACCUGCCCAUUAUGGGCUUGAUGGAAUCCAUUCAUUUUUUUUUUAAGCCUUUUUUUUUUUUUUUUUUUUUAAUGUGCUGAAUGUUUACUGGGCCAUUCUGUGACCCAUUGCCUGUAACUGACACUACAGUCCCUGUGCUGGGCUGUGGCAAACCCUUUUGGGAGCUCCCUCUUUGGACCUGGGCUACUCCAAUGGACUUGAUCUUCUCUGUGGAAGUCUGAACGUUGGAUGGUAAAGACUGGUAACCUGGUGGAGAUGUGGGGGAGGGGGAGAUGCCACCUGACUGGUUCCUAAUCAUGUCAAUGUUUUCUGUUUUAAUUGCACAGGAAGUGGAGUGGGGAGGGGGAGGACCAAGAACAUGAUCCACGCGCUCACCUAAAAAAAACUUCCUGCCACCCAGUCACUUAAUAGCAACCCUCUGUCCUGGCUCAGUCUAAACUGGAGGGCGAGAGGUUUGCAUGCAAUGGAAUUGCAGCCUUGGGUGACUGGGUGGGCAGCAGCUAUUUCAGUCCUUGGAAGAAAUUGGCCCUUUCCCUACUAGGGCUGUCUGUGAAUUCAGCAGAGAUUGCAAAGGUGCAAUAUGUUGGUGGCAGAGAAGGUGCUGUGCUCUGGGCUUGCAUCCCAGCCUGGUGCAGGGAGGCACAUAAUCAUCAUUCUAAUAAGCCACAGCAUUUCCCCCAGACUCAGGGGGAAAGACUCAAUCUUCUCAAAACUGCCACAAUUUCUGUCCGAACAGCCCAUCAACCCUGCCUUCCAGGCAGGUAGCGAAAGCACUUUUCUCCCUAACCUCACAGGCAUCUUUCCUUCUGUGAUAAAAAGCUGGUACAGACCCCUUCCUGAGUCCCCUCAUUCUCCUGGCCCAAGGAGAUCACAUCCAGGACCCAGUUGUAUUUCUCUGCACUGUACUUUCUAAAGGGCCAGGACCCAGCACGACUGCAGCACUAAACUUCUGCGGAGAGCAGAAAUACCUUUUCCCGUCUCUUUCAGACGCGUGGAGCCUGCUAGGCUGCCGCUACAAUCUCGUCCAUUUCACUCUCUUCCAUUACAGAUUUCUUAAGAGUUUCCCCUCCCAUAGUAAGUAGCUACAGCACUUAUUUGUGCUGGAAGGAUACGAAGUAGUCGAUGGUGGGUUGACCACAUGUUAACACCUUGCUGGAUCUCUAGGGUGAACAGGGUUCGUGAGCCCACUGGGUUUUGGUGACUGGUAUUUAAGAUCCACUGGCUGCCUGACUUCUUCCUGGCGCAGUGAGCAGUUAGAAGUGACGGUUGUGUUCAGCAAACUAGCUUUUCCGCUGUGGUUUAGACUGUGAACCUCCUCUGGCCUCAGUGUCCAUGUAUCCUUAAACAUCAACCACGCAGCCCCAUUGCCUGCCUGCUGGGGCUAUAGCCACAACCCCAUCACCAUGACUGUGAGAAAUGGACAAGAACAGCUCACACUGGUGCAGGUGCUGAUGUUUCUUCUCUCCCGGGUUUGUUACCGGGGGGAGGGGCACAAAUGAAAUCACUAAAUUCUCUAUUUCCAAAUUCCACACUCUGAGCUAUAAAGUUGGGUGCCGUAGAAUAGAUGGAGCUGUCUGGCCCACCCCCAGGGCAGCUGUCCUUUCAAAAGUGGGUCCCUAAACAGGCUGCUGAAUCCUGCACUUGGUGCUGCCACAGCUGGGCAUCUCCUGUAGACAGCCCAAAUGCCCUCCCCCCGUUUUUGUUGCCUUAAUUCCACAGCCAGUCCCCUUCCUCUGGGACAGCAAGACACAAAGGCUUUAAAAGUCAUUCGUGCAGUAGGACAGCAACGGAGCUUCUUAUGCUACUGAGCGCUUUAAGCUUCAUCCCUUGGCCGAACUGUAACCAGCAGAACGUGCGCUUGAGACUGGAAUGAACGGUUCACACGUUUCCUAGCAGAUCCCUUUGAAGCAUUUAGCAGGGAGAAUUCUCCCCACCCCCAACAUUCCAAGAUGGUGCUGCCAGGGAGUAGGAAGAGGGUAGUUGAACCCACAGGUAAAGACAAAAGCUCUCGCCCCUCCUCCCCCCC